CUGGAUGGCCGGCCCUAGACCCUCCAGGGGAGGGUGAGGAGUGAGAAGAAGAAAGGGAAAAUGGAUGUUUUGGCUUUUGGCUGCUGUCUCCUUGACCUGGGAUCUGGGCAUUUUCCCUUCUGCUCUGUUGGUGGGCAGCUCUGACUGUAGAAAGAGCCUCGCAGCCUAGGUUCUCACCAACCUGCGACACACCCGAAAAUAUGCUUAUCCCGCUCGGUGACCUCUAAAAUCCCAGUCAUCCCCUACCCUUUCGCCAAGCGGCAGCGUCCGGGGACAGAACUCUGAAAGAACACCCCGAUGUCCGUGGGUUUUGGGGUGUCCAGGUCGGGAGCCCUGUCUUUUUCCAAGUCAGCGUGAAGCCCGGCACCCGCCAGGAUCUCCGGCACAGGCGGCGGGAAAAGCAGUCCUGCUGCCACCGCGAUGGGCCUGGAGCUCUACCUGGACCUGCUGUCCCAACCCUGCCGUGCCGUCUACAUUUUCGCCAAGAAGAACGGCAUCCCCUUCAAGCUGUGUACCACGGAGGUGUUAAAAGGGCAGCUCCAGACCAAGGAGUUCUCCAAGAUUAAUAUGCUGCGGAAGAUACCCGUCCUCAAAGAUGGUGACUUCAUCUUGACUGAAAGCUCCGCCAUCUUGAUUUACCUGAGCUCUAAGUACCAGACGGCAGACCACUGGUACCCCUCCGACCUUCAGGCCCGCGCUCGCGUCCACGAGUAUCUGGGCUGGCACGCUGACUGCAUCCGUGGCACCUUCGGUGUGCCCUUGUGGACCCAGGUGAUAGCACCACUCACUGGGACCCACGUGCCGGAGGAGAAGGUGGAACGGAACAAGACGGCCAUGGACCGGGCGCUGCAGCAGCUGGAGGACAAGUUCUUGGGGGACAAGGCCUUCCUCAUUGGCCAGCAGAUGUCGCUGGCUGACCUUAUGGCUUUCGAGGAGCUGAUGCAGCCUGUGGCUGUUGGCUAUGACCUCUUUGAGGGAAGGCCGAAACUGGCAGCAUGGUGUGAGCGAGUGGAGGCUUUCCUGGGUUCUGAUCUGUUCCAAGAGACCCAUGGUCCCAUCCUGAACAUCCUGGAGCAGGCGGUCAACAAAAAAUUCCCGAAGCCUUCCCCAGAAGUCUACCCGCUUAUUCUGCUUCGUAUUUCCAGGAUUCCCUGAGGAGUCUGGAAGGGGGAGCUGAUGGUUGGAGGCCAGGAGGUUAGGCAUAAAGAGUCAUUCUUAGUUUCUUACUUGUCCUUUUUCAUCCCUCUGUCUUACCUCAGUCUCUUGUUUCUGACUCCUGGAAGAACUCUACUACAGGUAGGAUGCCUGAUGUCCUGGGCAGUGCUGCUUCUCAGGUAUAGCACAUAUAAUCAACAGAAGACUAAAAUCCACCAUAUAGAAAGAGCUCUAGAAAUCCAAUAGCAUGAGGAAGAACAAAUCAACUUAAAUCAGCAAAUGUCAUUGGUUUUUUAAGUAUAAUGAAGACUUGGGGAGACACCUGAGUGGCUCACUCAGUUAAGUGUCUGCCUUUGGCUCAGGUCAUGAUCCCAGGGUCCUGGAAUCGAGUC